AUGAAUUUUAAUGUCUGGAACAUCAAAGAGAUGCUCAGUAUUCCUUCAGGCCCAGGGACCACUAAGUCAUCUAACUGGAAUAAUAAUCAGACUGAUUAUACUGCUCUCAGUGAUUCUCAGUUCCUCUUUGGAUCUCAGUUUUGUCCAGAAAAUUCAGAGACCCUGUCAGCACCCUUGGAUUUCAGUGCCCACUUGAGACAUUCAAAACAGUCACAACAGAAUUCUCUGGAUAGUGAACCUAGUAUUUUCACAAAGUACCAGACAAAACCCCAGCUCUUUGCAGGAGAUACAAAAGAUAUAGGCCUAUUUUCUAUUCCUUUGCCAAUUGGAAAGUCAAAAGGUCUUUUGACACAGUUUGAGGAGAAAAACAAAAGGACAAAAGAUCAAUGUGACAGUGAGACUCUAUACAACUUUGUUUCCCAGGUCAGAGAAAGCAUUCAUAGGUUGCAGACGUCUGUGGAAAAGUCUGAGGAACAUCUCAGUUCAAGAAGCCAAUCUAUUUUGGAUUCUUUGGAGAAUGUGGCUAAGACAUUGCAAGAUACUGCACGGUCCCAGAGUGACCUGAUAUUUGAGGCAGUGCAAGAGAAAAGCAAUGUGGAGCAAGCUAUUCUUGAGAUACAGAAGAAAUUUGAAACUAGACAAGCAGAGUUUAUAGAAAUGAAAUCCAACCUGGAGAACCUGGAAGUUUUAGUUGCCCAGCAGAGUAAGGACUUCCAGCAACUGUGUGAACAGCUACACAAGCUGAAUGUGCCCAGUGUCCUAGCAGAACUGAAGAGAUUGAUCUUGGUGCCUCAGAUACCUGAGCAUGUGAAAGACAACACUUCUCAGACUUCACCAAGUCUGACCCAGAGCCUCAAUUUCACCAGGCAGGAAAAAUAUGCCUCUGAGGAGCUGGUUAUGUGGCAGGCCCAGGCUCACACUGCUGCAGGAAACCCAAGUACAGGCUCCCUAGUGACUAGGGAAUUUGGUAUCAUGGGUAAGGAAGCAAAGGGUGAUGCUCUCCAGAAAGAGGUUGCACUGCCAGCCCUUUGGCCUUGUAAAAGAAAUGAGCAUGUAAAGGACAAGUCAGUACAGACUAAUUGCAAAAAUUGGGCAAUUACUAAAGCAGAUUCCAAGAACCAUGGCUCCAGAAUCCCAGGCUAUAAAGUUCUUGGUGACAGUGACCUGCUUUACCAAGGAACUUCACAGCUCAUAUCCCUGGAUUUACACAACUUUGCAAUGAGCAUUAAGAAUCUCUGCCCAGAAUAUCAAGCAAAAAGCAUAUUCUCUUGUGCCCCUAGUGAACAGUUGGAAACUGAACAGAAAGGCAGGACUGUAGAAAGAGGGAGGAAAUGCAAAAGGCAGCCGACCAGGAAAACCCAGAGAGGCAGGUUUGCAAGGAAGAGAGAACAAACCCCAAGUAAGACCUGUAUUUUCAGUUAUAAAUAUCAGAAUCCCCAGUCUCCAGUUUCUGAUGAACGAAUUCCCCCUACGGAGCAGCAGGAACCCCUUGCUCAGCCUCUGCAUCUGCGGGGUCCCAGAAGCUCCACAAAAUCAGUCUGCCAUGUUCUGGGAGGAACUGUCAAGUCCAGUAAAAUAGCACCAGCAGUGCAAGGGAGCCUCUCAAAGUUUCCUGAAUGUUCUUCCCAAAACAAAGAUCUGCAUUCCAGUAGCUCCCAGGGGGACCACCAAAUGCGCUGGUUCAGUGACCUCAACCUUGGAAAUUCAGAGUCUCCUCCAUGCAAGGAGACAGGGAAGAAUUUGCUUUAUGACCUGGGUUUUGAUAGCAGUGAUGAUGACUUCUGACCAUCCAACAGUGACUUCAGUUGGUUUAUUGAGCUCAGG